UUUUACGCUGCCAUUUUGUCCAGCACAGGAGCGAGCAGUCAGUCAGUCAGUGAGUGCGCAAAGAGAAACCACUGGCGAGACUUUCCACACGGCGGCACCGGGCGGAACUGUCGGUAAGAAAAAUUAAAAAAUAAAAAAGAACAACGGGAGCCAGUAAUGUGGUGACGGCAGACGGAGGGAAGCACCAAACUGAGCCGGAGGACCGUGAAGGGAAACAGGCGAGCUAAGGGAGCUGUCAGGGAGUUUUUCUUUCUUUCUUUUAUUUUUUUUUAACUCAGCGGCUCCGCCGGCUCGGCUCCCCGGUCACAGACCACAGGAACCCGCUCUCUCUCUACCCGCCGCCUGGCUGGCUGGCUGGCUUUAGCUAACCCUGCUAGCAUCUCGGCUAACACCCACCGCCGCUCCUCGCGUCUCCUCUCACCGUGGGAAGCUGCAACUGUCCCGGCUGUCAGUGUCACACCGUCCUCCUCUGAACUUCAAACAAUGCGCUGCUCCUGUCCGAGAGACUUUUUACGCCCAAGGGACGAUUUAACGCACACUUCGCCAAGCGACCAGUGAUAGCUGAGCUGUGGUCCAAGCUAACAAGUUGACGUGGAAGAGCAACUCUAUUUUUUUAAACUGUUUUCCAAGCUGUGAUUUCACCAGGAUUACUUUCCCUCUCUGCCCAGCCCGAGUUGGACUUGACUUUUUGGUGACUCCGGGUUACAAAGCAGCCAGAUAGCUAUGUUUAUUUGUGGCCAGAAAGUAAUUUCAAGUGUUUGCGGAUUCCACAGUGGGACUCUCUCUUGGUUCGAGUACUGCAACGGAAACAUUAGCUAACACAGACUGGCUCGUGUUGUGUUUACUGCUUAGAUAGAUAGACGGAACAAACAGUUGCCAAACAUUUUUUUUGUUUUAUUUUUAAAUUCAGAUUGUAGUUAAACGGAUUGUUCUUGUACCUGUAGUGAGCUGACAUUGCUGCACAGGUUGUGUGGAAGACAGUGUGUGUCUGAGUGUGUGCGUGUGUGUGCGAUCCCUGCUCUCUGUUACCUCCACUUGACAGUGAAGUCACGUUGAGUUGAUCCAUUGAUCGGAUCGUUAUUGUACUAUUUUCGCUGAUUGAAGGGGGGGAAAGAAAAAAGUCGGAGCGAUGUCGGGCCAAUCUAUCACGGAUCGGAUCACAGCAGCUCAGCACAGCAUGACCGGGUCGGCUAUCAGCAAGGCUGUGUGCAAAGCCACCACGCAUGAAGUGAGCGGACCGAAGAAGAAGCACCUUGACUAUCUGAUCCACUGCACCAAUGAGAUGAACGUGAACAUUCCCCAGCUGGCGGACACGCUGUUUGAGCGCACAGCCAACUCCAGCUGGGUGGUGGUCUUCAAAGCUCUUAUCACCACCCACCACCUCAUGAUGUACGGCAACGAGCGUUUCAUCCAGUACCUGGCCUCCAGAAACACUCUGUUUAACCUGAACAACUUCCUGGAUAAGGGAGCUCUGCAAGGUUAUGACAUGUCAACCUUCAUCAGGCGAUACAGUCGCUACCUGAAUGAGAAGGCCAUGUCCUACAGACUGGUGGCUGUGGAUUUCACCAAGAUGAAGAGAGGUAUUGACGGCGUGAUGCGCACCAUGAACACAGAGAAGCUGAUCAAGACGCUGCCCAUCAUCCAGAACCAGCUGGACGCUCUGCUGGAUUUCCAGGCCAACCCUAAUGAGCUGACCAACGGUGUGAUCAACUCAGCCUUCAUGCUGCUCUUCAAGGACUCCAUAAGGCUGUUUGCUGCUUACAAUGAAGGGGUCAUCAACCUAUUGGAGAAAUACUUUGACAUGAAGAAGAACCAGUGUAAAGAUGCCCUGGACAUCUACAAGAAGUUUCUUUACAGGAUGACGAAGCUGUCAGAGUUCCUCAAAGUGGCAGAGCAAGUUGGAAUAGAUCAGGGUGACAUCCCAGAUCUCUCACAGGCUCCCAGCAGCCUGCUGGAGGCUUUGGAGCAGCACCUUGCCUCUCUGGAGGGCAAGAAGACCAAGGAGCUGAAUGCAGACACCAGAGCAUCCACCCUGUCGAACGCCGUCUCGUCUCUCUCCUCCACCGGCAUGUCCUUCAGCCGCAUGGAUGAGAAGGAGAAGCAGCAGGCUUUGGAGGAGGAACAGGCCAGAUUGCAGGCACUCAAGGACCAGCGCCUGAAGGAGAUCGGCAUGCAGACUCCACCCUCGGCCUCCCCCAGCAGCCAGUCGAUAGGCAGCGCCAACAACAACAACCACGUCACACAGACCCCGGAGUUUUUCAGCUCCACGCUGUCCACCAACAGUGUGCCCAAUCUGAACAGUGACCUGUUUGAUCUUCAGCCGGCCUUCAUCCCCGCUGUGCAGAGCACUCCUUCCAUCUCCAACGCCAAUAGUGCCUGGGGAGGACUGGACAGCCAACCUCUGCAGCAGAGCGGCCCUGCCAUGACCGUAGAUUUCGAUGCUGUGUUUGGGAAUAAGACCACACCCAGUAACAACGGCCCGCAGCCUGCAGCCGGUUUUGAUGCUCUCGGAGACCUGUUAAAGCCUACAGUUCCCACACACACCGCACCUCCUCCACCUCCCCCUCAAGUGGCCAUCCAUCCUGGAGGAAAGCUGCUAGCCAACGACCUCGACUCGUCUCUGGCCAACCUCGUAGGCAAUCUGCAGUUUGGUGGGACCCCAGCCAAAAAGCCAGAUAUGCAGUGGAACCAACCUGGAGAGAAGAAGCUGACGGGCGGCCAGAACUGGCAAAAUAAGACCAUGUCGACCACACAGUGGAGCCCAGCACCCAUGGCCCCACAGCCCAUGCCUGUACCACAUGUGAAUGGAAUGUUCUAUACUAGUUAUGCUCCAGCUCCCAUGGCUUUCCCCAUGACCACACCGCAAGUGCCUGUGUAUGGAAUGGUUCCUCCCCAGAUGGGUCAGAUGGGUGGGGUACCUGUGAUGGCUCCUCAGCCAAUGAUGUACAACCAGCCUGUUCUCAGACCCACUAACCCCUUCGCACCCAUGCCCGGAGCCCAGAUGCAGUUUAUGUAAUCCAGUCAGGAGGGGAAGCAGAGUGCCAAAAGCGACAUACAAACAAACAAACAAACAAACAAACACAAGAGGACGAUGAUGAGAUGGACGGAAGGAUGAUUUGCUCAAGCUGAAACGACAGACUGACACAAGAUAACUGGGCUGACACCAAAAGUCAAGUUGGAAAGAGGAAGAGAAGAUGACGAAAAGGAGGGACUGAGCGAUGGCAGGGGUUCGAUGGGGAAGAUGUUAUCCUGGCUGGUCGUUGUCUGAAACAACUCUUUGCACCUGUGUGUGUGUGUGUGUCUGUGAGUGUGUAGCUUCUCUCUGUUUAUUGUCUGAUUUGUGUUCCUAUCGAUGGAGUGAUGUUUCAGGAGAGGGAAUAAGGACGAGAGAGAGAGACGGGGAGGAGGGAAGAGGGGAUUGAGGAAAUCCUACCUCUGGUUUUCAGUCAGGCUAAAUGUAUCUGACUGCUGUGAGAGUCUCUGCUGCAGAAUUAGCUUUAUUUCAUACUGGUGCUAUUUUGUCCUCUCUGGGUCACUGUUCGCCUGCAACGGCAACUUUGGAGCACUUACGAGAGGACAAGUGUUUGUUUUAUUGUGUGUGUGUGUGUGUGUGUGUGUGUGUGUGUGCGUGCGCGUGUGUGUGCUCAGCAGUUGUUUCAGACAAUACCUUUGCCACGGACCUCCUCUCCAUCCCCACCCUCGCUCGCUGUCUGCGUCCACGACCGUCCACUUAGCAAGAGAUUUGGUGGCAAAUCCUCUCCGGUGUGUUUCCUGUAAUUUUCCGCUCUGUUGGGAUAUAUUUGUAUUUUCCUGUCAGUUUUUCUUCGCCAACUUCUCCUGAAUGUUAUCGGGGCUUGUACAGCGAUUUGUUGAAGCAUUUGUUAAUAGUAAUUGAGCGUUUGUUGUUAAGGGUUUUGAGCUAAAGUCUUUGUUACUCAUACAGCAUUGUUUUUCUCCAUGUGAUGCUACAGAUACACACAGAAAGAUGGGAGCUAGCAGGCACAACAUGCUAGCACUGUAUGAAAUUAUGUUUUAAGGCCUAGUCACACCAGAAAGUGACACAGCAAAACUAAGCUAACAGCAGUUAGCUAGUUAGACAGUAAUUUGGUAGUUUGGGGUUUUUUUUGGUUAUUAUCCUUUGUUUUGUCUAGUGGGUAGUUUAUUUGUUCUAAAUAUUAUUGUUGAAAUUUAGUUUAAUAAAUUAAAUACAUUGAUUAAAGAGAUCUGUUAGACGGUAAACUAAAGGUUUACUGAAAAUACAGCUGUAGUAUUUUGAAGUUUUCACUCUGAGAAACGCAAAGAAAAAGAAUUGUGCACAUAGCUAAUAAGCUACAACAGCAUGAGGUCAGCCUACGUUAAACUUAUCCAGAGCUGCACCAUUACAAAUUGUCCUUAAGUCACUAAGCAGUGCUGCUUUCAAAUGAAAACACCCAUUACUAAAUACAAAAAUAAAAGAUCUACAUCCAGGGCAUCAGGAGACUGGACGCUUGUUUCUACUACAGAAAAAAUUUAAAAACUGCCCAAAAGAGACGAAAUUCUCGGUUAUCUCAAAAUUUUGAAUUGCAUAUAUUGAAGUUUCGAGAUGCAUAACUCAAAAUGUUGAGUUAUUAAGACAAAUUUUAAUCAUGGUCAAUGUUUGCAACAUCCUUGAAUUUUGAAGGACAACUUUGAAGAAAUUAUAUCCAUUGUUUGUUGACUUUGGAAUAAAGGUGCAGCUGCUGUGAUGGGCCAAUGGAGAGGAGCAGCAUACACCUGAGUUUGACUGUCUUUCUCAAGUUAGACCCUGAAGUCAAAGAUGCUGCAAAAAAACGAAUCAAAGUUAUUUGUCGACUCUGAAACUUGUUGUUGAGCUCAAUAAAACAGGGUAGUCCAAAAUGUAGAAGUUUAAGAGCACAGGAACAAAGGAGGCCGGACUUCCUUCAGUUUUUUGAAAGGGUUAGCGCUAAGUUCACAGUUAUUCCAUAAAUGUUAGACAGCAGUACAGGAAUAAAUGCUCUAACAGGCUUCAGAAGAACCACUGUUGUCUCCCAAACACAUCCUGGUGGCAACAGUUUUCUAUCAAAGAUCACAAGAGUUCAACUUGAUUUAAAAAAGUUUGCAGAUAUCUUUCCAGACAUUUGCUGUGUCAAAUGUUGGUGUGACGAGACCUCCACCUGUACAUUGUGUUCAACUUGGUGGUCAGUUUAGGAAUAGGUAAAAAGUGUAUUUUUGUUCUGUCUCUCAGUGUUAAUUAGCAUUGUUAGCCUGUGGUUUGUUGACUUUCUGCCUCAGUUGGAUCUAUCUGUGUGUAUCUGUUUUUCCUGUCUCCUUCAUCAGCUCAUCAACCAGUCUUUAAGGAUUUGAGCUUUGUUUCAUUAGGUACAACCUCUUGGCAGAUCCACAGUAUGUGCCAGUGAUUGAUGACGGCGGCACAGAGCGAGUGAGUUAAAUGUUACUGAAUCAAGUUGAAUUCACUUUAAAUUGCACUGAAUCAAAGUGAGUGGCUGUAAGUGCGACACUGAACCUGUGGCGUCACCCUCGCUCAGUGGUUCCAAGAAUCUGUGGGGAUCAAAUUCGACUCUUUUUAGCUCAGCCAAAGCAUCCAUCCCCGUGAGUUUGACUGUGGGUGUAUUUAUGCAUAACGACUUCUCGUGUGUCCACGUGUAUCCUUACACAUUUAUGUGUACGUAUUUUCUUUUCUUCAUCGAGGGCUAUUUCUGAGGGUCAAAUUUUAAGCCAGACUUGAUCCGAUAAGUUUAACACAAAAUGGGCUUGAUUUGUUUUUAUAAAGUCAAAUUUUGUUGCAAAAAUGCACAUGCAAAAAUGUUGCACUCAAGUGGCUAUCCUGCCGUAGCAGAGCUGUUGUUUUGGGGGGUUUUGUUUGUUUUCUGGUAUGAAAAAGUUGAGAAAGCUUUGAAGUGUGUAGAAGUAGUUUAGGGUUUUGCAACAUAAUAGGUUUGUCAAAUCUACCAGCCACUUUGGCGGGAAACUCGAGGUUACUCUCCUGCCAUUCUAACAAUGAACUUGAAGCUUUUUUAGUACCAUUCCCGAACUCAGUCCAGCAUCUCCAUCCCAGCCAUCAGUGGUUGUCCAGUAUCAAACUCAUCGCCCACUCUGCUGUGAAGUCUCUACAAUCUCGCUUCAGCCUGUCUGGUCCAGUUGGUCUUUCUCUAGGAUGCUUCUUUAGCCUGUUUGUCACUGUUGGUAUGUGUAGAUAUGUGUAAGUAAAAAAAAUAGCUAUAAUAACCAGUUUCUGUCUAGAUUGUCCACUCAUCCCUGUCGCUGUUGGAUAGAUGCUGCUCCUAGAAGCUUCUUGUUGCAGUCUUGUGUUAGCUUAGCCUUUCUUCAUAGUAUGCCCUGAAACCUGUGGAAGACCUCCCACAGCAGGUUUUCCCACCCCGUCCUCUUCUCCGCCAGUAACUGUAGCUCUAUUAUCUCUCUUGAUGUCUCAGUCUUUUAGCAGUAGAUUAAACCUCUCAGCGGCUCUCAGGCUUUGUAGUUCUCAAGCUUUUCCUUAACAUCUCUGCAGUGUUUGGUAGGUGAGGUCCUCGUCUUUUUUUUCCCCUCCAUCUCCAAUCAUAUUUGCCAGUCAUGAUGUCAGCAGCCUACAAAGUGUCUCCGGUUGGACCUCGACGGCGAAUCACAUGAUGCUUGAAUAUCCAGGUGUUUUGUUACAAGUGGGCGAGCUUAAAUGGUGCUUUUCUAGAACUAGUGAAGUAUGUAGUCCAAGAAGUGCUGGAACUUAGAUUUCAGCUGUGACUGGGAGGUUUGUCAGUCAACCAGCUGUUGUUCAGGGGCACUUAGGAAAAUUAUGGAAAGUAGUGAGUCCACUGAUCACUGGGACAGUUGAUCAAGAUGUUAGCUCUCUUCCCUGUUAGAUUCUUAUUAUAGCUCUGCGGAGAGGCACCGAAAUGUCUUUGCCAACCUACGCAGAGAAGGAUGUCAUUCGUACCCAGUGGUCGAGCACACCUCUCAGAUCGCAACGACGUAGUAACUGCCACAAGUGAUCUUCGAGCAGAACACAGGAAACUUAAUCUGUUUUGUUUUGGGGGGUUUUACGCGGAACAUAUCUUAGACCUCUCAGGUCUGUAGAGAGCAACAGCAGGAUUCAUCCAGAUAUCUUGGCUGCACUCUAAGCCCAAGAACAGUAGCAGCCGGACCUGGAGUUCUUAAAUAGUCGAUAAAUUCUGUGAUUGGAUGUUCCCGAUGCUCCCGGUGUCCUAAAUAUGGACUCUUUGGAUCUUCUCCACCUUCAAAACCUCCCCCUCCUCUGGGCCACCCGUGUUUUUGAGUCCUGGCUUUAAAAAGAAAACUAUUUUCUUAAUGGAUGUGUCCUUUUUUGGCACCAAUAUGAGUUUUUAUAUUCUAGGACAGCUGCCUUACUGUCUCUAAUCUUGUGUGAUAAAUUGACACUUCACAAAUAAAAGCUGCUCUAUUUGCUUGGCACUGAUCCAGGAUCAGGUCAUCAUAGCCCUGGAUGAUAAAGUAAUAAAUCACAUGAGGUCUAACUGCAGAUCUGAUGAUUGAUAACAAGUUUGUAAUAGUCUCAUUAGGCUUUGAAAUGAAGAAGGGUAAAAUGAGAGCCAGGACGUGGAGGUGAAAUCAGGUUAACUGUUUGCUUUAAUGUAAUCUUUGCAGUCUUUGCAUUUCUUUUGUUACUUUUGUGAAACUUUCUGAGUGGAACCUACUGCUGCCAGUUGCGAUCAGGUUAUUCAGCUGGUUUUAAAAUGUUCAGAUGUCGAAAGAUUGAGUGGGUUCAGAAAAAAUGACCGCGGUGGUUUUUCCGUUGUUGGCUCGCCACCUUUAGCGUCAGUGCAACUUGCCAGUAGUCUUUACGGCUUUAUCACAUAAGGUGUGGCCAAGCAUGCGGGCUCUUUUUCAGUGCUUCACCUUCCUUCAAAUUGAGACUUUCUCACAUUUACAGCUGAGGCUUUCCCAGCUCGACCGCUGUUUUCUGCUGUUAGCCUGCUGGGAUCAGUCCCGGGGAACCUCGUGGCCACGUUGCAAAGUUUCUUUCAACUUUAAAAAAAGGAAAAUGGAAAAGAAAAAAAAAAAGCUGCUGCCGCCUGUCUGCAUUGUUGUAGCAUGAAUCUAAGUGGAGGAGGAUACAUGGAUAAACCUUGAUGUCAUAUUAAAACGUCUGCUGAGGCGUUCAGCGAGCAGACUCUUCUCUGGCGAGCCAUCUCUCUCUUUUUCUCGGGGAGUGCAUGGUUGUGUUGUUGGUGUUUCUUGUCCCCCCCUUACCCUUGCAAAGAAUUUUUUAAGAAAGCAUGAUAUGACAGUCGCGGCGGUGGUGCUGAUGAUAAAUUCCCUCCUGUUGUUGUUGUUGCUGCUUUAAACGGCCUCGACAGCGCGAAGGGGCGGAUGGAUUAUCUGAGCGCAAGGGCAGGUUCAUCGCUUUGUCUGGACUGACAGAUGUUUGGCCGCUGUAACCACCCGGUUGAACUUGUCCCAACGAUCUCACAUUAGUUGCUUGGCGGCAGGUUUGCGGCGUCCCUGUGGGUCGCAGCAGAGUCAACCCCCGCCGCCAUCCCCCCAAGAAAAGGAAGACGAGCAAAGAGAGCGAGGCUGUUCGAUGGUAAAUCCCCCCAUUUUGUGUCGGUGAGUCGGUGUGUCGAGUCGAUGAUCUCUUGUGCACGUUCUGUUUUUCUACAUCUGUUUUUUGGUAAGAACCCUCGGAUUGCUGCCUCACUAUACUGUAUAUAGAGAAAUGCACACGUUCACACUCACAGCUUAAAGACAUACUCAUAAUCUGCAUUAUUUUCAUUUACUCUUUAUUUUUCUGAACUUGAAAGAUAUUAGCGUUCUUACAGCAGUAUAUAGGUAUGAUUGCUACUCGGUGGGGGCAGGCUGAA